AAAAAAAGUAAGAGGGAGCAACAAAAGCAAAGUAGCUUGGUUUGGUCCUUUUUUUCUCAUUUCCUGUAAUUUGUCUUCGUCUCCACCUUCCAAUCUCACCCGCUCUCCUCGGAAACCACAGCGACGGACGGAGGACAAGAGUUUCGCCUCUAAUUUGCUCCUGGAAAUCAGGAAUCAGCCGGAGCGAAUCUCGAACCUUUGUGAGGAUCCCUCUUUUUCCUUUUUUCUUUCAUUGUAUAAUAAUAAAUCUUCAGCUCUUUUUAAGUGUUUUUUUUCCCCGAUCGAUUUCGAUUUCUCUAGGAUUGAGUCGAUUAAAUCAAACGGUUUCACGCCAGAAAAAAUUAUCGAUUCUCUCGUUUUAUUUCAAUAGCUCAGAUGAUUGAAGAUGAUAAUUCAACAGCUGAAGAGGCUGGGGAUGGCUGGUAAAGAGGAUACUACUAACUUAUCUGCACAAGAGUCUUUGAUCAAGGAAGCCACUGAGUUAUGGAAGAGUGAAUUGGAAUCUCGUCGGUUGCAGGUAGAUAGUUUAGAAGCUGAACUUGUGGAUGUCAAGGCUUACCUUGAGUUUCGUUCUGAAGAAGAUGCCAGAAAGGAAUUAGGUGUUCUUUCCGGUAGAGUCAGAUCGACUGCUACGAUGUUGCGCUAUUUGAGAUCAAAAGCUAGAGUCUUGGCUAUUCCUGAUCUAGCCAAUGUGGAACAGAUCGAACUGAAAGGAUUAGACCUUGCUGAGAAAGAUGGUGGUUCAUCUUCUGCAGGGGAUAGGAGCACUAAUCCUGAAACCAGUAGGUACCGUGGCUCCUUGGGUGUAGAGGAUGGAGCUUAUACUAAUGAGAUGCUCCAAUCCAUAGAGACUGUUAUUGAUGUGCUGGAAUCUCUUGUGAGGAGGGUUACAGCAGCAGAAUCUGAGUCGGCUGUUCAAAAGGAGAGGGCACUUUUGGGCGAGGAAGAAGUCAGUAGGAAGACAGUCCAAAUCGAGAAUUUGGCCUUGAAGUUAGAAGAGAUGGAAAGGUUUGCUCAUGGGACUAAUAGUGUUCUAAACGAAAUGCGGGAAAGGAUUGAGGAACUAGUUGAAGAGACGAUGAGACAGAGGGAAAAAGCUGUGGAAAACGAAGAGGAGCUUUCUCGUGUGAAGAGAGAGUUCGAGUCGCUUAAAAGCUAUGUCAGUACUUUUACCAAUGUUAGAGAAACACUUCUUUCCUCGGAGAGACAAUUCAAAACCAUAGAAGAGCUCUUUGAACGGCUGGUUACUAAGACGACGCAAUUAGAAGGCGAGAAGGCACAAAAGGAGGUUGAGGUUCAGAAACUGAUGGAGGAGAACGUGAAACUGACGGCACUUCUCGACAAGAAAGAAGCUCAGCUUCUAGCUUUGAACGAACAAUGCAAAGUCAUGGCUCUGAGUGCAUCAAACAUAUGAAUUUUUGCUAUCUUUCUUUGCAUUGUUGUUGACUCAUCAUCUCUUGUUAUUACAUGAGACAAUGCUUUCACAGAAGUAGAUGAUGCAUAUCUUCUUCCUUCA